CUCACCCCUUUCGCCAACCCACAGAGCGCAGAGAGGAACUACAAUGUGCGCCAUUGCCAGGUACGAGCUGUUGUGGCUUCUGAAGGACAGAUGGCGCUGCCUCGAUUCCUCAGGCGGAAACAUUUUAUACAAGCCUGAAAAGGUCUGCGACAUUGUGAGGGCGUGUGCUGUGCUAUAUAAUGUGGCACAGCUAAGGAAUGUAGCUUUACCCUCUGUCGGUUGUGUUGGCCCCGACCCCGACCCCUAUCCCCAGGCGUUUGAACCAAACGCAGCGUGUGGAUUUGUGGAUUUGAUGCAUCGCUUGACUGCAUCUGAGGACACGGCGCUGGAGGGUUGUGACGCACGAGGUUAAGUGGAGACGCCGGGGUUGCGCGAACGCCGCUCAGCUGCAGCACCACCGACCCCGCUGGAACACUUCGCGACUAAAGACUAAAAAAAC